AUGGUGAUGUUUGCUAACGCUGCUGGCUCUGCCACCCGGGUGCUCCGGAGGGGGCUGUGGGGACUGAUGCUGGUCUUGUCCGUAGUCAUAUACGGCUCGCAUGCUCCCCUGCUGACCCUCUGCAAGGUGGACGGAACGAUCCCCUUCAGCUCCACAUCAGUUGUGGUUCUUGUUGAGCUGACAAAACUGGUGUUCUCCUUCCUUUUCCUGCUGGCCUGGGACCGGGAGCUGCUGGGAGUCGCCGUGUCGUGGCGUCACGUUGUCCCCUUUGCCCUGUCUGCUUUGCUCUAUGCUGCCAACAACAACCUGGUGGUUCACAUGCAGCUCUUCAUGGAUCCCAGCACCUACCAGGUCCUGAGUAACUUGAAGAUCGUCAGCACCGCGCUCCUCUACAGUCUCUUCCUGCGCCAAAGACUCAGCGCGCGCAAAUGGCUGGCUCUCUUCCUGCUGGUGGCUGCUGGGGGGAGCUACAGCUGCGGUGGCCUGCAGGACCCUGGCAGCCCCUCCAAGAUGCAGCUGCACAUCACGCUCGUGGGCUUGUUGCUGAUCUCUGUGUACUGCCUGAUAUCAGGCUUGUCUGCUGUCUACACGGAAGCCAUCCUGAAAACCCAGGCGUUGCCUCUCAGCCUUCAGAACCUCUUCCUUUACUUCUUUGGGGUCCUGCUCAACUUGAUCGGCUACUUCUGGAGCAGCAUGGAGGGUGGUUUCUUGGAGGGCUUUUCCUCCUGGGUGCUGGUGAUUGUGGUCAGCCAGGCCUUGAAUGGCUUGAUCAUGUCUGUGGUCAUGAAGCACAGCAGUAACAUCACCAGGCUCUUUGUCAUCUCCUGCUCUAUCCUCGUCAACGCCCUCCUCUCUGUCGCCCUGUUCAACCUGCAGCUCACCCUCCUCUUCUUCAUCGCCAUCUCGUGCAUCGGCCUGGCUGUUCACUUGUACUAUGGGCUCACGUAG